AUGUCGACAAAUCAGCCGAGUUAUUCGGUUAAGGAUAUUAUUUUAAGGUAAGUCAAGUUGUUAAAAUGACCAAUCAGGAUACUAAGAACCUAAAAUUUAAGUUAAGGGCCCCAACCUAAAAUUUAAGUUGAGGGCCCUAACCUAAAAUUUAAGUUAAGGGCCCUAACCUAAAAUUUAAGUUAAGGGCCCCAACCUAAAAUUUAAGUUAAGGGCCCCAACCUAAAAUUUAAGUUAAGGGCCCCAACCUAAAAUUUAAGUUAAGGGCCCCAACCUAAAAUUUAACUUAAGGGCCCCAACCUAAAAUUUAAGUUGAGGGCCCCAACCUAAAAUUUAAGUUAAGGGCCCCAACCUAAAAUUUAAGUUAAGGGCCCCAACCUAAAAUUUAAGUUAAGGGCCCCAACCUAAAAUUUAAGUUGAGGGCCCCAACCUAAAAUUUAAGUUAAGGGCCCCAACCUAAAAUUUAAGUUGAGGGCCCCAACCUAAAAUUUAAGUUAAGGGCCCCAACCUAAAAUUUAAGUUGAGGGCCCCAACCUAAAAUUUAAGUUAAGGGCCCCAACCUAAAAUUUAAGUUGAGGGCCCCAACCUAAAUUUUUUGUUGAAGAUAUGAAUCGGAAGAAGAGGAAUUUGUGCGCGAGUUGGAAAGUAUGAUGACACAUGAAAAUGUGGAAGAACAAGAAGCUGAAAAUGAUUUGGAUGGUGGACCGCCGAUUCUUUGUAAGCUUAAACUAUUAUCAAAAAAUUCCAGAAACAUUUUCAGCUGUGCUUUGUAGUUUGGUCGAUGAGAUCGGAUCGCUUCCGAACUGAAAACCGUCGCCUGAAGACUCGCCUAAUCCCACAAUCCCCAAGAACAUCGAAAAACGUUGUGCAAAGAAUGUCAGCGAUGUUUGAGCAUAGAGGAUCCUCAAUUUUCCCCAGAUUGCGAAGAGUGAAUAGGUCGAAUGAAUCGAUUGAAGUUCGAAAUGGAGCAAGGGAAAGGUUAUCGACGCCACCUAAGGAGAAUUCAAUGACAUCUACGGAUGCUUCAGCGGCGGGAAUUCCACCGAUUGUUAGGCCUGAGUUGAGUGACAGUGAGAUUGAUGAGCAAAUAUUUAAUGAAGAUGAGGAUGAUGAUGAUCAUAGAAGUCGGGAUACGACUAGAAGAUGUGAUUCGGUGAGGCAUUCAACAUCAGCGUGCACUUCACCGUCUUCAGCUUCAUCCUCGAGAGAUCCAUCGGAAAUUAUGAGUAAGUAUAUUUUUUUUUUAAAUUCAAAAUCUUAAAUAAUUUUUCCAGCCACAAGUCGUUCAUCAUUUCUGGACCUCUUUGGUUUCCGUCGCCGAUCAACUCAUAUUCCACAACCAACAAGUUCUUACGCAAAAACCGUCUCCACCAAACAAGUCGUCAAAAAACGUCGCAAAAAAGUGUCGGAACCGCAAAGUGGAAUGUAUUUGGAUGAUGAUGAUCGACUUCCGAAUAAACCACCAAGACCUGCGUCGUAUUAUCGGAGAGAUGAUAGUGAGGAUUCGGAUUAUUUGAGACAGAGGAAAUCGACAUCGUUUUUGAAUGUUAAUCAUGGAGGAGGUUAUGGUGGGUUUCGCGCUUUUUUUCAAAAAAAAAACCACGUGGAAUUGCGGAGUGUUGUAGUUUUUUUUUGAAAAAAAAAACACUUGAAUUUUUAGAGGAAAAAUAAGCAGUCCCACAAAUUAAGCAGUCCCAAAAAAUAAGCAGUCCCAAAAAAUAAGCAGUCCCAAAAAAUAAGCAGUCCCAUAAAAUAAGCAGUCCCAAUUUUUUUUGGGUCUCCAAUUUAUUUAUUUGAUAUUCUGCGGACUGCAACUACAAAUGCGAAUAGCUCAGUGGUAGGAUUUUGGGUUUUGAAUCUGAGGGUGGCGAGUUCGAUUACGCUCGGAAACUUUUGUUUUUUUAAAUUUUUAUCUAGUUCUGACAACUUUUCUGUAUUUAGGAGGAUAUCGCGAAAAUCAAAUUCAACAUGAAAAAGAUAAUCUUGAAGCUGAAGUUGAAGAAUUGAAAUUGAGAAAUCAAAGACUUGUGGAACAACUUCGAGAAAAAAGCCAACAACAAAGUAAACUUCAAUGUCAACUUCAUAAAGUUGAGAUGCAAAUGAACACGUUGAGUCGAAGAUGUGCGAUGUCAGAAGCUGUUGAUCGAUUAACACUUGAUGAAAGAAUUGAGAGAUCUGCAACGCAAAGUAUAAAGAAAAUUGAGGAAAGACUAAGAAUUUUUGAGAAUCAGAUGCAAAAUGCGAAAUUGGAGACAGCAAAUGCCCAUCAAAUGGCGAUGAAUUCGACGUGUAAUGAAAGAAUUGCGCAUCAAAAUUGUCUCGAAAAAUUGGAAAGUGUUCAGAGAGAACAUAUGAGAGUUAUACAUUCGAGUUUGAUGGAAAUGGGAAUAGAUGAAAUGAGUUUGAAAAGAAGAUUGGAGAAUUUCCCAACUUACGAAGCACUUUAUGCAUUUACUCAUUCAAUUGUGAGAAGAUUGAAUGAAGCAAAAUGGACAAUUAUUGAAAAAACAUAUGAGGCAAGUAGAGCACAAAUGGAUUUGAUAUCAACACAAACAUCACUUCUUGUAACUCAUGCGCAAAUGGAAAGAUUGAGAAUAUCAAAAGGGCAGAAACGGGUGAAAAGACCGGCUUCAUUUCAUGGAAAUGAGUAUCAAGAUCGAAUUGUUCAGCAGAAUCUCAGUUUUUAUUUGCCGUUUAAAUUGCAAGGUUCGAGAGUGGAGAAUAUGAGGAGAUUGGCGAGGAAGAAAUCGCCGCCGAAUGAUCGGAAUAUUGAGGAAGAGUUUUUGAAGUUGUUCAGUUAUUCGAAAGGUGAGAUUUUUUGGGAGGCGUCGGAUUUUGGGAGAUUCCACUGUAUUUUUUUUUGCAAUUCGAGGGAGACGCAGACUUUAACGUGUGCAGACAAAUCUCUCGCCGAAAAAGGGGGAGAAAUAGUGUGUGGCAGACACACUGCGUGUCGAGACCAGCGAGUGUCUGCGUCUCCUCGAAAUUGCAUUUUUCUAUUAGGAAAAAACACAGUGAUUCAUAGGGCUUCAGAAGGCCUUAGAAGAUUUUAGGACGCUUCAGAAGAAUAUUCCAGGUUUCAGAAGGCUUCAGAAAAUUGCUGGAGGCUUCAGAAGGCUUCGGAAGGCUUCAGACGAACUUUUGAGGCUUCAGAAGAACAUUUCAGGCUUCAGAAGGCUUUAGAAAACUUAUGAAAGCUUCAGAAGACUUUAGAAAACUUUUGGAGGCUUCAGAAGGCCUUAGAAGAUUCUAGAAGGCUUUUGAAGCUUCAGAAGGCUUCAGAAAAGAUUAGUAGGCUUCAGAAGGCUUUAGAAGGUGUUUGGAGGAUUCAGAAGGCUCCAGAAAACUUUUGGAGAUUUCAGAAGGCUUCAGAAGGCUUUAGAAGAAUUUAAAAAGCUUUUGAAGGCUUUAGAAGGCUUCUGAAAAUUUUUGGUGACUUCAGAAGGCUUCAGUAGGCUUCAGUAGGCUUUAGAAGGUAUUUGGAGGAUUCAGAAGAAAUUCCAGACUUCAGAAAGCUUCAGAAGGCUUCAGAAAAUUUCAGAAAGCUUCAGAAAAUUGCUGGAGGCUUCAGAAGACUUUAAAAGAUUUCGAGAGGCUUCAGAAGGCUUCAGAAGGCUUUAGAAAAUUUUAAAAGGCUUCAGAAGGCUUAAUAAAAUUUCAGAAAGCUUCAGAAAACUUUUGGAGGCUUCAGAAGGCUUUAGAAGGUUCUAUGAGGUUUCAGAAGACUUUUGGAAAGCUUUAGAAUUCUUUAGAAGAACUUUCGAGGCUUCAGAAGACUUCAAAAAAAAAACAGAACAAAUUCCAGAUUUCUCCACCGAUCCUUCGCCACCCGAAAUCCAUCGCCGAGCUUCGAAUCGCAUCGAAAAUAUGAUGCGAGAAAUGAAUCGUGGACCAAUUCGAAGACAACCAUCAGUCCCAGUUAAAGGAAAUGUGAGAAGACCGAUUAGUCUUGUAGAAACCGAAGAAAAACGAUAUCGAAGAAAUGAGGAAACACGCAGAAGUAUCAAAUUUAUCAAAACGAACAGUAUUGAUCAACACAGAGAUGGCUUAUCCACUCAAGACAUUCCAAGUGGCUUAAACAGCCCUGCAAAUACUCCAAUAUUCAGUCGACGAAUUAUAAUUCCAACAAAAGGAAAUAAUUAUGAUCAUGUGGCAGAAGGAGUUCCACAACGAGUUAGAAAAUUGGAAAGAGCAUUUUCCACAGAGAGCAGGAAUACUGUGGAAUCGAAUAAUAUGAAUAAUGAGCCAAGGAGAAAUGUCAAAUUGCAAAGAUCACAACCAGUUAGUCGAAUUAAGCAACCAACUGUGCAGCUCAAUCGAUUUGUAGGUUUUUCUAUGAUCAAUAUCACUCUUAUUCUCGAUUUUCAGAGAACUCUUGAUGGUUCCAAUCCAGCUCCUGUUCCUCCCACAACUUCACAUUUACAUCAACCAUCUUCGAUUCAAUAUCGACCACGAACUCUUGAAUCUUCAACACCUCGACAUCCAAAUUCUCCACCUCCGGAAAAUGGAUUGUCUCGAAUUCCUCAAGUUACUCGACAAAGAUCGUGGUUUGAGAAAUUGAAAGGAAUUGCGAAAUAG